AUGACAGUGGCCAAGAUGAGGUCCAUUGCUUCAUUACUCGGCAUUCGUCUGGUAUUUAAUCUGCGAAAGGCACAGAUUGUCGAGAUAAUGGUGGACAGUGACAACAUUGAAAUAGUCUUCAAUCAUCUCAAGGAGCAGUGUCUCUUUAAAGAUGAUGUUGCCCAGGACACGACCUUCAUCAACUUGCCAGAGAUACCAUUCCGAACCAUCCUCUCAUUCCUCAAUGACAUCGAUAUAUGGUGUCUCUUGCAUUCAUCAACAAAGAUGCUUGCAAGAGUCAAAGUUAAACCCAAAACAACAAUGGCAUUCCACAACUCCAAUGUGCCGCUGCAGGCUGGGAGCGUGUCUCAAGAGGCGACAGCACUCACCUUUGGCGAUGAAUUCAACCAACCAUUGGAUGCUGAACACUUUCCUCCAAGACUCAAUACACUGACCUUUGGCGAGGCAUUCAAUCAACCGCUCGCGCAAUUCGGAUUCAGCUUUCCACAUGAAUUGACUUCAAUCUCCUUUGGCGACUCAUUCGAUCAAUCAUUGGAACCUGGGGUCCUGCCUCAAGGACUGAUGACACUCCAAUUCGGAUACGACUACAACCAGCCAUUCCAUCCUGGACAGCUGCCCAAUGGCAUCACAACAAUCAUCUUUCCUGAGCUCUCUCUAUUUGACCAACCAUUGGUGUCCGGAAGCCUGCCAAGCUCAUUGACAACUCUGACACUCUCGUACAACUUCAAUCAGCCUCUCAGCCCUGGAUUCCUUCCAGACUCAUUGACAACUCUCACUUUUGGAAUGGCCUUCAAACAAAAACUCAAAGUUGGAGAUCUUCAUUCUGGGAUCACAACUCUCAACUUUGGUGCAAGGACUCAUAUCAUUCUGUUCCGACGGUUGUUUGAAAUAUCUGAG